AUGUCAUACGCACAAGAUUGGCAAAAGCUGAUCUCGCAACAGCCCGAGACGGCGGCUCUUGUAGGAGCAAGUGUUGCUCAGAAAGUGUCCAAAUCAGACCUUGUCGCCAUUGUGCAGGCACAUGAACGCGUCCAGACACUCAGAGCCGAGCUUGAGCAGGAACGAAAACGACACGCAGAUCUCGUCGACCAGGUAGCCAAUCUGCCCCCAGACCACAUAGCGGCGACGCCCAAGGGCUCCAAGGAGCGCGAGCAACAGUUGGCUGACCUGCUCAGCGGUCUUAUAGCCUAA